AUGUCCAUUCUGUUCUCCUUAUAUAUUUCAAAUAUUUUCGCGCAAAUAAAUUGUCAACUAGAUGAUUCAUGUACACCAUGUAAAAGCAAUUUUACACAUCCUAAUCCUGGAGAAAUUGUCACUAUUCAAUUUGAUGCUACAGAGGCAACAUGUUACUGUAAUCUAAUGAUUUAUCAUCAGUUGGAAGCUUGUUCAACUUGUAUCAAAAAUAGUGGAGAAAAUAUAGAUGUACGAUUGGAUGACUUGAUAGAAUAUCAAAAUACUUGUGCGGAUCUGGGUGUUGAAUUUACUGAUUCCCCACAAAUCGACGAAACAACUUCAGCUAGCAACUCAUAUAUUAUCAUGAAAGGUGUAAUUAUUUUUAUAUCCUUGUUAAAUGGUUUAGCAUGGUCAUUAAUAUUUUAUCGUUACUAUUCAAAAAGAAGAUUUAAAAUUGAUAAUGCCGUUUCCCCAAUAGUUUAUACAAAAUCAAUUUCAAAUCCUCAAUAUUUCGUAAAACAGGUUGGGCCUGCUGCUGGCCCAAUUUGGCAAGAUUAUAUGCAAACUUCAAUUAAUAAUGCUUUAAGUUCUAAAAACUCACUAUCAUUGAAUUGUAAAAAUUUAAACUAA